GAUUAUUUAAUGAGAGUCACAUUAUCUAUUAAGCUAUUUUUACCUCAUGGUUUUCUGUCCUGCCAUGCACCUCAUGUGCAACCAUUCUCUGCCAGCUUUGUCUACCUCAUUUCAUUUUAAGCCUUUGAAUUCAAUGCCAAUGCAAGGACUGACGUCAGGAGUACACUAUUUCACAUAAAAAAGGCUUUUAUUGUGCUCUAAAAAGCAUGUGUUUACUGAUGCAGCUUGAAACAUUAUGCUCUUUUGUGCUCACAUGGGAUCAAAUUCACCCUAAGGACUCAGGUGUCCUCAUGUUAGAGUAAAUAGGGAAUCAUUUACAGACCUGUGGAAUGCUUGAUCUCAAGAUGAAGGAGACGUGUCGCAUCUGUGGCCGGGAGCUCUGCGGUAACCAGCGGCGAUGGAUCUUCCAUCCCACCCCCAAGCUCAACCUGCAGGUGCUGCUGUCCCACGCUCUCGGCAGCGAGCUGACCCGGGACGGCAGAGGCGAGUUCGCCUGCUCCAAGUGCACCUUCAUGUUGGACCGCAUGUACCGCUUCGACACGGUGAUCGCCCGCGUGGAGGCCCUGUCCAUCGAGAGGCUGCAGAGGCUCCUGCAGGAGAAACACCGGCUGAGGCAGUGCAUCGGUGGGCUCUACCGGAAAACUAACUCCGAAGAGGGUGCUGUGACAUCGCCUGGAGGUGAUGAAGGACCAGGGGAUGGGAUGGUGGACAUUUCAGGUCUCACUCAUGCAAAGUACUGCGCCCUGCUCCAGGAGGAUCUGGUCUACUCUUUGUACGAGUCCUGGGCCGACGACAGCCUUGACUGUCAACAUCACCACCACCACCAACCCCAGUAUCCUGCUGGUCCGGGGUCAGAGGUCACAGUCGGAGGCUCACAUCGUUGUGUUUCCAGCACGCCCAGGAGGUGUCGAGGGUGUUCCUACUGGCGGGUGGCGGACUCUGACUAUGAAGCGGUUUGUAAGGUGCCCAGGAAGCUGGCGCGGAGUAUUUCCUGUGGGCCGUCGUCCAGAUAUUCAGCCAGUGUGACUGGAGGAGGUGGCGGAGAAGGAGUAGGGGAAAUAAAUAAUGUGGAGGACUCAGAGGAACCUCCGUCCUCUCUAACUCUGGUCCCUGGUUCUCAGGACCGCUCGAGGACAUCAGACAGCGAUCGCACCCUGGCUGGACGAGCCAGCUCCAGCCCCUCCUUUGCAUCCUUAGAGACGACUGAGGAAUACAUUCAGCCUGGAGCCGUAACAGAUGGGCCUCUCAGCUCCCCCAGGGAACUGAUAGAUGACCGGAUAUCUGACUCCCUCUCUGAGGAGCACAUGGGAGGCCCACAUGGCCAAGCCUCACCUGGACCCAGCCUCUCCCUGGCCCUCUGUUUGCUGCAGAGCUAUGCCGUCUACCGGCCGGUCCUGAGCUCUAAGGGGAGCAAGCUGCCGGUGCUGCUCCGACGGAGCUCCAGUAACGGACGUUCGAGGCUGGGCUUCCCUGAUCCUAUUCUGGGAAUGUCUUACGGAUCUCCAGAGGGAGAAAGAGACAACCACAUGCCAACACCUGAGCUGGAAACCCCCCUGAUCAGGCUGGUUGAUCGGGAUCUGACUUACAUGGAAGAUCUGUUGGAAGAUUUGUACAAAGAGUAUCCUCCCCCACGUCCUCACCAGAGCCUCGUUGAGGAGCAGCAGAGUCAACUGAACCAGUACGAGUGUGCGGCCGGUCAGUGUGUCAGCGAGCUGCAGAAGGCCCAGCUCCAGGUCCAAUCCCUGCAGGCCAAGAUCCACGAGAGUGAGGCCAACAAUAUGAAGCUGCAGGAGAAGCUGACUGAGAUGGAGUGCGAGCUGCGUUCGAUCCGCCAGGCAGCUCAGAGUCAGGAAAGAACCAUUCAGGGUCUUACAGACUCCAUCAGCACCAAAGACACUGAGGCCCAGGAGCUGUACCAGCUGAUGGAGGGGCAGAACACCACGCUGUGUAAGCUGAGAGAAAUGGUCCACCGCAACCAGCUUGCUCAGUGCAAGGCUGCAGAGGGGGUCAGCGAGUCCCUGUCGCUCGCCCAACUGCAGGGCGAGCUGGUGGGCGUGCAGAGCUCCUUGUUCUCUCUCGGUCUGGAGCUGGAGUCCAGCCAGAGGAGUCUGAGACAGAGCCAGAGGCAAGGAGACGACCUGUCCAGGUUCAAAGACAGACUCAACUCUGAUCUGCAGGAGGUGCAGCAGCACAGGGAGGUCACCGAAAAACACAAUCAGGACCUGCGCUGUGCCCUUCAGAAAACUCGCUCUGAGCUUCAGGCUAAAGAAGCAGCUCUGAAGGAGGCCGAGGCAGAGAGACACACUGUGGUGCAGGAAAAAGACAGGAGCGUCACGCAGCUCAAACUCUCUCUGCAGGACAAGGAGCAACAGUUACAGGAGUUCUCAGAGCUGUUGGAGUCAACAGGAAGCUCCAAACCAAGAGAUGCCCUGCUGGAGAAACUAAGAGAGCGUGUUAAAGACAGAGACAGAGCUCUGGAGCGCUCCAUUGACGACAAGUUCCGCUGCGUUGAGGAGCGCGAGGGCCAGGUGAGGAGGCUGCAGGUGGCCCUCCGGGAGAAGGAACGAGACCUGGAGAGACUCCGCUGCAUCCUGUCCAACAACGAGGAGACCAUCACGAGUCUGGACGCCUUGGUGCGCGGCAAAGAGCUGGAGCUGGAGCAGGCGGCAGAGGCCUACAGGAACCUCCAGUGGCUGAAGCAGCAGGGCGAGGAGAAGGAGAGAAACACCCUGAGAGAGAAAGACACCAUCAUCAGUCAGCUACAGGCCGCUCUACAGACACACAGCCAGGAGGCACAGGACCUGACAGCCGCCCUCGUUGCCAGAGUUCAGGCUGGUCCCUCUGACGUCGUAGAGGAGUUGAAGGCUCGGCUGGCGCUGAAAGAAAAACUCUUCCAGGAACUGCUGUCGGACCGCAGCCGCCAGUCUAAUGAACACCAAGGACAGGUCCAGGACCUGCUGAACACUCUCAGCUCCAAGGACCAGUAUCUGCAGGACUACUCCUACCGGCUCUCACUUGUCAUCAGCGAGCGUACCGGCCAGCUGCAGGAGCUCCGCAGACAGCUGUCGUCAAAAGAGCAGGAGCUGUGCGAGCUGAAACAGGACAAGGAGAGAGAGAUGGGAGGAGAGACGGAGCAUCUGCGGAGUCUGCUCAAAGAGAAAGAAGCCUUCAUCAAGGAGCUCAUGCAGGGCCAGGAGGAGGUGAUGCAGUCGUCCUCUCAAGAGAGCGAGGCGGAGAUGAAGACUCUCCAGGAUGAGUUGCAGCUGGUACUGAAGAAGGAGAGGGAGGCUCAGAAGGAGCUCUCUGCUCUACGCUUAUCUUUGGCUCACCAGCAGGACACUAAGGACAGCACUGAUCACCAAUGUGUGCUGGAGCAGCUCGUGUCCGAGUACAACAAGCUGAAUGAUGCCCUGAGGGCGGAGAAGAGAUUAUACCAAAAUCUCACGCACGUUCACACCAAGAGUGACAGCUCCGAGAAGAUCCAGGCCCUCCACACCGAGCUAGACUCAGUUCAGGCUCUCCGCAGACAGCUGGAAGAGGUCCUGGCUAGGACCAGUAACAUGGCCCUGGUUCUGGACCGGGCGGCUAAAAGGCAGCCUGACUUUGGAGAGCUCAGCACAGAGGAGGAGGAGGAAGAGGAGGGAGACAAUGAAGACGGCAGCAGCGACGAGUUCACAGACAGCAUAGAGGAGGAUGAUGAUAAAGUGACGGCCAGAAGUUUGGCCUCCAUUCAGGCUCGUGGAGCUGAGGGUGUGCGAGCUGACGUAAAGCAGCUUGAGGAAGAAAAGGAGACACUUGAAGGCCAGCUUGGAGAAAUAAGGUUACAGCUGGAGAGGGAUGGAUACGCCUCCGUGGCUCAGAUGAGGAGUGCCCUGCAGAGGCUGCAGCAGGAGAACCAGGCUCUGACAGAAAGCCGAGGACGAGCUGGAGUGGUGGGACUGAGGACAAACCCAGAGAGGAACCACAGGAGUCUGAGCCAAGAAGAGGAGGAGGAUAUUGAGGAAGAAGAUGAAGAGGAGGAAACAUGUCCAGUGCCGGUGGGGAAGCGAGGUCAUACCUGUGUUAGUCUGAGUGACGAGCGAGGGAAGAGGCACUGCAAGAGGCCACGCUCUCUGACCUCCCAUCAUCACACAGAGACGGAGGUGGAGCCAGCUGGUGACAGCAGCGAGGUGGGAGUGCUCUGGCAGGAUAUAGACGAGGGUCUCCGUGAGCAGGCGGCUCGCCUGAGCUCCGAUUUGGGGCUCAGCAACCAGGAGAACAGAGAGCUGCAGGAAAGGCUGAUGGUGUCUGAGGCCACAGUCCACGCUCAGGCUGAACAGCUGAAGGACUACAGAGACCUGCUCACGGAGACAUCGGUCCAGCAAGCCAAUAAGCAGGUGCAGGUGGAUCUCCAGGAUCUGGGUUAUGAGACUUGUGGUCGCAGUGAGAACGAAGCGGAGAGAGAAGACGCCAGCAGCCCAGAGUUUGACGACCUGGAGAUGUGCACGUCGCUGUCCAAUCAGCAGGACUAUGAGGGUGUGGGCGGUAGCUGGUACGCUGGCAGCAGUAACUCAGGUGCUUAUGAAAUGGAGCAUGAGUCGGCCUCUCUCCAGCAUCUGGUCCAGGAUCUCCGCUCACAGCUGACCCGCUGCCACAAGGUCAUCCGUGGGUUGCAGCUGCGUGUCCGCUCCCUGUCCACCACCAGCGACUACGCCUCCAGCCUGGAGCGAACCCCACGCAAGGUAAACUGGGCCUUCGAGGUGUCACCAGCCCCCAGCGGUGUGGAAGAGGAUGAAGGCUGGAUGUCUGACACCCAAGGGAUUCGCUCAGGGUCCAAGCCCAGCAGGGAACUGCAGGAACUGAUGGCACGUGUUGCAUCACUGGAGGCUCAGCUGAAGAGCUCCAGAUUGGAGGGCAAAGGUCAAGCAGACGAGGGGAAAUGUGCCACCUGGCCUGGGAAGUACAACUCUCUGAUCCAGGCACAAGCUCGUGAGCUGUCCCACCUGAGGCAGAGGAUGAGAGAGGGGCAAGGAGUCUGCCAUAUCCUCAGCCAGCACCUGGGCGACACCACCAAGACCUUCGAGGAACUGCUGCGGGCCAAUGAUAUUGAUUACUACAUGGGUCAGAGCUUUAGAGAGCAGUUGGCACAGAACUCGGCCCUGGCACAAAGAGUGGUCGCCAAGAUCACUGGACGCGACCGUGCAGAGAGCCAUGGUGACAAGACAGGCCAUGAGUUGCUCGCCCUACGGCUGAGUAAGGAGCUCCAGCAGAAAGAUAAAAUCAUUGAGUCACUCCACACCAAGCUGCAUCAGCGUCCAGAAACCCCGUCCAGCUGCCAUGCCCUCUCUGAGACCACCGACCAAUCAGACAGAACGUCCCUUGUGUCGGACGAGUACAGAACCAAUGAGGACUUGGAGCUGUGCUCCGACUUGGACGCUGGAGAAUAUCAGGAGGAGCACCGACUGCGGCAGCCGGGACGCGGAUCAGAACAAGAUGUCCGUCCAUCUAUCCAUCCUCCUCAUGGCUUCCUCAAGUCCUCAAGCAGCUGUCCCAACAUGCUUUGCUCAGCCCCUGUGGGUUUGACCAGUCAGUCCUCCAGAGCCCUUUUCAGUGAGCCUCUCUCCUACUCCCUCUCUGUCCCCUAUGGCCCUGACGUCUGGGGUAAAGAAGUCAUUUCUGACCCCCGGCCCAGGGCCCUGUCUGUGAUCGCUGUUCGCCCAGAGCUGGACACGCUCUACAAACAGAUGAAUGAGCAGAACAGGGGUUUUGCAGUUCCCCACGACAACGCUCUGUUCACCCUCUCACCUGGUGCCCACAACCAGCACGAUCUCUCCAGCUACAGCCAGCUCUCCCAUCAUGCCUUUCAACAGUAUCCGCUGGGUGGCGUUCCCGAAAGCCACUCGCUGAAGUCUGACUCAGGUCUAGUGACGGGAGGGACUCUGUGGGACAUGGAGAACAUGGUUCAGCAGGUUGGAGGCUUCUCUGGAUCACCGGGACACCAGCAGGGAGGCAGCCAUGCAGGGGUAAAUUUGAUAGAGGAGCAUCUGCGGGAGGUGAGGUGUCUCCGUCAGCGUUUGGAGGAGUCCAUCAGGACCAACGAGAGGCUCCGACAGCAGCUGGAAGAGAGGCUGGCCUCAACUGGGCGUGAUGGAGGGGCACCAACAAACAUCUACAUUCAGGGACUGGACACAGUCACUCAACUGUCCAAUGAGAUCAGAGUUCUGAAGGAAGAAAACUUGGGUCUACAGUCACGCCUGCAGGCCAGCACAGAUUCAUGUGAGGAGGUGGUGCAGCUGCGCGAGGCGGUGUUUACAGCACGCGCCCGCCUGAAACAAGCAGAGCUGGAGGCGGAGCAGUGGAAAGAGGAGCUGAGGCGACUUCAGGCUCACAGUCAGGAGCAGGGACAGCAGAUACACAUAUUGAGGCAGGAACGGCAGGCCAGUCAGGAGAGAACCAACAGGCUCCAGCAUGAGGUGUCUCUACUGCAGCAGCAGCUAUGUGAGAGCAGAGAGCUCAUCCACUCCCUGCAGAGUGAACUACAAGUGUACGAUCGAGUGUGCUCCAGUACAAAGGCCAACAAAGGCUACCUGUGUGAGCUCCCAGGUCUGCCGGUGGAGCUGGGAGAGCUGCUCGGGGAGGUGAGGAGUCUGCGAGCCCAGCUGCAAAACAGCGUCCAGGAGAACAGCGCCCUCAAACAGCUGGAGCUCCACAAGCAGCUGGAGCAGAAGCUGGGUGUCGGCUCUCCUCGCACGCCGUCCCUGUCCGCCCUCACCGCCAGCCCUCAGAGAGAGAACUUCUACAGGCGACAGCUGCUGCACGACCCAGCCCCGUCUCCACCAGUCAGGGACAUUGGUCUGUUUAACUGUGGAUCCCCCGGUCCUCCCUACUCUGACCUGGACGACAGCCAUAGCACUGCCAAUGCAGACCCUCUUGACCCUCACUCUGAGCUGGAGGGGGAUGCCCCUGAUGGAUCGUUUGCAAACCGUAACGGCCGCCACGCCAUAGGUCAUGUGGACGACUUCAGCGCUCUUCAGCAGCAGGUCCUAGAGGGCCGGAGCCUCGUCCAGCGCAUGGAGACAACCCUGCAGGCCUGCCUCGGCCCGCCACUGCUGGAAGGAAACCAGAAGCAGAGCAGUGAGCUGGUGCUGGACUAUGGAUGUGUGAAGAGUCUGCUGUCCAACACCAAGACUCUGAGGCAGAUCCUCGAGGAGGCGAUGUCUCUACUGAAGAUGUUCUGGAGAGCAGCUCUACCCAGCACUGAUCCCUCCAUCCAGAACCUUAAGAAGGAGCAGUGUAUGCAGGAGGAGAUCUUGUCCCUUAAACUGCGAAUAACAGAGCAGGAAGAGGUUCUUAAAGGGACGAUUCAAAGACUGAGGAGCACCAGCCGCACCAAGGAGAACAUGGAGCACUUCAUAGUCAACCAGUUGUCAAGGACUCGUGACGUGCUGAAGAAAGCAAGGACAAAUUUAGAGAAGAAUGAGCUGAGACUUUCCUCUCUAAGCUCCUCCUCUUCCUCUCCUUAUGCUGCUGAGGACCCAGGAGGUGCUGCCAGAGAGCGGCCUGCUGAUCGCAGUUUCCUGAAGACCAGCGGUGCUUUUGGAUUUGCAGCCAAUCAACGUCCAGCAGCGAGGAAGCGCAGCAGCCAAUGCCUAGACUUUUAAAGAACCAGCCUCAACGCUACCACCUCUGACCUCUAUGCUGAAACAGCCAAGACCCGCCGCCGACCCCCCCCUCCCUCCAGCCCCACCCUCACACACCAGCCUUUCUUGUCCCGCCAAACCUCGCCAGCCUCCGUCCAGCCAUGAGAGUGCUUCUACCCCUCCCUCCUCCAGGCAAUACGUGCGCAGUAUAAUCUGCACCUUGAGCCUUACCAGACUCCCUUCACCCCCUCGUCACUCUCUACCCCCUCCCGCCACAUGCGUUAUUGUCUUUGAGUGAUACAGUCGGCAGUUUGCCUCGUCGUGUGUGUGACAGAAGAAGGUGUUUGAAAUGUGCCUCUGGUGGUUUCAGUGACGUGCGUCCUACUGACGGAGCUGGUUGAAGAUGCUCCUAGAUCUCAGACCAGGUGUGUGUUGCCAAUCUGGUUUCAGCAAAGGUUGGCUUCAUGGUUUGUACUACAGAAACUUUAAUUGAUUUAGACAUUUUCAACAAACGAAUUUACAAUGAUAUUUUGAAAUAUUAAACGUAGACUUGAAAGAACUCAAAUUGCGAGUUAGAAAAGAAAGUUUCUAUAGUACACCCCCUGGUCUGUAUCUAAGAGCAUCCUCUUUUGAGAGCCAGACAGCCUGCGGACGGAAUAGAUGUUCAUGCAUGUUAAAUCGUGGCUUGAGAGAGGAAUUCUGCACACACGUACACACACAUAUAUAUACAGUAUAUCUGUAUGUCUGAUGGAAAACGGCUCACUCAAAGACAAGACAUCCUCAACUUUGACUGCCACAGAAAUGCAAGUUUACUUCUCGUGGCACUUUUAUUAAUAAGGACUUUUUUUUGCAACUGCAAUGCAAAGAACAAUGAAACCCACGACGUAUCACUACUACACAAAGUGGAGGAAUGUAGAGGAGGUAGGCGAUGAUCACUGCUAAGUAGUCGUUUACUAGCUGUAUCUGUAUUUGUGGAAGAAAAUUAUGAAUGCUUUGUCAGCCAUCAGCCAAGGGUUAUGAAUAGCAGAACAAAAGCCGGAGAAAGGUUCCAUUUUAGUCACAAGCCUCCUCUUUUAAGGUCAUAACGGUGCUUUUUUGGCACCUACCUACUGAAUCUGAAGUACUGAACAAGUCAAAAACAGGAGAGUCAAUUAAAUGCUCAAGGAUUCGAUCAAUCUGAUUGGCUGUGAUUAAGCAGGAUGUAUGCUAGAAUAUGUAAAAAUAAAAGAGGUCAAAGUGCUCAAAUGGAACCAGGCUAAACACGCGUAUUCAAGCUCCUCUGUAGGAGUUCUCAUACGAGCAUGUGCAAUAAUGAUGUUGUUUCUUGAAUGAUCAUGCUGCACCGGGUUAUUAUUAUUAUCCUUUCUUUGCUUGACACUGGAUUAUUAGUCACACUCAUAAUAACGUUAGGAUAUCAGUGUUACGAUUGUACUUUUUACCGGAGUGAUGAUGCAUGACAGAGAUUGUGAAAAUCUAAACUAUGGAACAGUGGAUUACCAAUACUUGCCAAAGUUUGACCUUUGAACUCUUCACUUUGACUUGCCUUAUCCAUGCGAAUGACAAACCCAGGUCUGAUCAGACCGUAGGGAUACCGAGGUGUCUUUUUUUCAGAGGGCCUCCAGAACCACAGAGACGGUAACCGUUAGACAGCUGGUUCAGUAUAUUUGGAUUAUUGUGCGACGGAAAUUAGCUCCUUUUUUGGACCAAAACUCAACAGAGUGGAUUUUUCCCACGUGGCCAUAUGCUAUUAUAUUUGUGUUAUUUCUCUUGGUUCAGGCCGUCUUAGCAUUCCCAUGGUAAUGGCAAUAUAGGUUAUCAAGUUCUUAUAGAUGAUGCAAACUUUGGCAGGCUACUGGUGGGAUCAUUGUUCUUUAAUUCACUCACUUAUUCAGAUUUAGUUUGAUGUGUUCUUGCUGUACAUUUGCCAUUUUAUGCUGUAAAUAACCUGCUUUUUCUGUAUGAACUUUUGUGUGUGUGUGUGUGUGUGUGUGUAUGUGUGAGCGCAUGUGCGUGCCCGUGUGUGUGUGUGUGUGUGUGUGUGUGUGUGUGUGUGUGUGUGUGAAAAAACAUCCAACAUUUGCUUUUUGCAAAGUUGAUUUUCUGGGUAGCAGUGCAAUAGCUUUAUAUGUUUUAUUUUGAUGUUAAACAUCAUUGUAUUACGAGUACGUUUGCUGCAUUCACCUCCUGCAAUGUAUGAUUUAUAUGCAGUGUGUGUUAGAGGAUUGUGUCACUUUGAAUCAUUUAGUCACAUAGGCUGAUAAGAAAUCACAAACUAUGCCUUCAUGAUAUCUAAGUCACUGAUCACAAUAUCGUCCACCUAUAACAAAGCUCUGAUUAAUGUCGCUUCGCUUGCCUUUAAAUUUAGCUUGAGAACUUCUUCAAUCUGCUCUCAGUGAUAGAAAUGGCCUUGAACUAGCGCUCGUCUACCUGAGAUCUGCCAAAUUAGGUUUUGUUUGCGCUCGUGUCUUCAGAAUAAGACAAUAGUUGCCAAGUAUUUCGAUAGAGGUAAAAUGUUUGAUAUGUCCUUUUUGAAAUUUAAGAAGCUAAAAGGGAAAAGUUUUGAAGAAUUGUCUACUGUUAAAAAAAAAAAAAGCCAAUGACUGGAAAGAUUGUGAAGCGUUGGAACCACAAAGCACCUUGUUGGAGCGUAAACAAAGCCUUUUUGCUAUUUGUUAUUAAGAAGGGAAUCAAACGGCAGUUUGAAACAAUGUAUUGUUGGUCCUGAGUUGCGUAUGUAUAUAGUGCAAUUUGAUUGGUGCAGCUUUUAAUGUGAUUGGAAAGCAGCUUUUUCUGAGUUUGUGCAUAAUGAACUAGAAAGCCGAUACAGGACUCGUAUGGAUCCUGUCUCUGAUGACAGUUAACAGUGUGCUGUGUUGGCAAAAGUAUUAUCAAUGAAAGAUUUUGGGAAAGAAUAAAUAAAACACUUGAAAAGCU